AGUGGUUCCGGAUGGCCUACUACCCGACGGGCGAGUCAGGCGUUGUUGGCAAGGCAUGGAUGAUCACGGCUGAGCCACGCUUCCCACGAACCGAGGAUUUGGAGCUUGUACAGUCGGCUUCGACCCCUGAUGACUACACGUACGGUCCCUCGUGGUUCAUGACCGGACACGAGGAGCUGCAGGUGAAGUCUGCACUGGGUGAGGCCGACUUUACGUUCCUUGGGUACGGCAUCAUGCCAAAGCCAGAAGACGCGGUCGUCGUACCAUGGAGCGAGCGGCCAAACCGGGUCUACAUCCUGGCUAAGCAGGCCCACUACUUUCACAACGGGCACCAGCAUGUCUACAACUUCAGCUUCUUCGAACAGGCAGCCGAGGAGCUCGGGCGCGAGUUCCCUGGCUUCGAGUUCGUUGGCGGGUUCGAGGACAACCGCUCAGACGAGGACAAGGAGAAGUGGGGGCCUGUUCCGAGCGUCAUCAAGAAUUUUGGGCUCAUGAACGCGUCCCGUUUUGACGCUGAGUGCGGUCAAGCGCGCCUCCUUCUGGGCAUUGGCUCGCCGCCCCUCUCGCCAAGCCCGUACCGCGCCCUCUCACGCGGUGUACCGUUCGCGAACCCGCACACGAUGCGCGACAACGGCGAUGGGUGGGCCUACCAGCAGCAUGAGAGCAUGAUGGACGUCCCCGAGCCGUACGUUUACCAAGUCGAGGCGUUCAACUACACCUCGUUUGUCGCUACGAUCCGCAAGGCACUGCGGACGCCGAUUGAGCCGCUCCGCUUUGAGCGCAUGCGCCAGAGCACCGUCGACCGACGCAUGCACGACUGGGUCACGUACGAUUGGCGUAGGCUAGCUGCACAGAUCCUUGAAGACCGGCUAGCUGGAAACGAGACGCAGGGCGGUGGCUCUUUCCGAGUAUUUGAGCUAUAGGGUGGCCUUAUGCCGAUGGCAGGUAGAUAAUCCUUUGUUGUAACAGUUUGAUUCUGCAGGGGUUUCGAGUUUACGGGGGUGUUGAGUGCUCGAGACAUUGGGCGAGAUGCCAGGCAGUUGCCAGU